GCCGGCACUUUGGCGACGCUCCCUGGGCCGCCGGCUGCCCAGUCCAGGCCGCCACUGGACGCCGGGCGCGCGUCGGGGCGCGGGGAGGGCCCGGGGGGCGGGCCGCGCGGCGCCCAGAAAAACGCCGGGCCCGGGGCCGCGGCCGGGCCGAGCGGCUGCAGCGGCGGCGGCGGCGGCUUCCAGGCACCAUGCCGUGGGCCCUGCUGCUGUCCCCGCUGCUGUGGCUGGCCGUGAGCGGGGCCCAGCCCACCCGCCCCUGCUUCCCGGGCUGCCAGUGCGAGGUGGAGACUUUCGGCCUCUUCGACAGCUUCAGCCUGACCCGAGUGGACUGCAGCGGCCUGGGCCCCCACAUCGUGCCCGUCCCCAUCCCCCUGGACACCGCCCACCUGGACCUGUCCUCCAACCGGCUGGAGACGGUCAACGAGUCGGUGCUGGCCGGGCCGGGCUACACCACGCUGGCGGGCCUGGACCUCAGCCACAACCUGCUAACCAGCAUCUCGCCCACGGCCUUCUCCCGCCUGCGCUACCUGGAGUCGCUGGACCUCAGCCACAACGGGCUGGCCGCACUGCCCCCUGAGAGCUUCGCCGGCUCCCCGCUGAGCGAUGUGAACCUUAGCCACAACCGGCUGCGCGAGGUGGCCAUGUCCGCCUUCGCCUCCCGCGGCCCGGGCCGGGCGCUGCACGUGGACCUGUCCCACAACCUGAUCCAGCGCCUGCUGCGGCCCCGCGAUGCCCGCCUGCCCCUGCCCACCAUCCAGAGCCUCAACCUGGCCUGGAACCGGCUGCGGGCCGUGCCCGACCUCCGGGACCUGCCGCUGCGUUAUCUGAACCUGGACGGGAACCCGCUGGCCACCAUCGGGCCCGGUGCCUUCCCGGGGCUGGCCGGCCUCACGCAUCUGUCCCUGGGCAGCCUGCAGGGCCGCCCGCCGCUGGAGCCCCACGGCUUCCACGAGCUGCCCGGCUUGCAGGUCCUGGACCUGUCGGGCAACCCCCAGCUCCAGUGGGUGAGCGCUGAGGUCUUCUCGGGCCUGGACUCCCUGCAGGAGCUGGACCUGGCGGGCACGGGCCUGCUGCCCCUGCCUGAGACACUGCUGCGCCACCUGCCCGCACUGCAGAGCGUGGGCCUGGGCCACGGGGUGCAGUGCCGGCGCCUGGUGCGGGGGGGCGCGUACCCCCGCCAGCCCGGCUCCAGCCCCAAGGUGGCCCUGCACUGUGUGGACACGCGGGAAUCAGCCCUCAGGGGCCCCGACACCUUGUGACAAAUCGCGUGGCCUCCUGGGCCACCUCGCAGACUGCCGUCCAGGGCGAUUCUCUCGUCAUGUGCCAAUGCCGGGGGGGUACUGUGUGGGCCACCGCCAGAGCAGAGUGUCGCCCUGUGGCCUCGGUUGCCUCCCAGCCCAUAAGUGGAGGGUGGGUGAUGCCAGAUAAGACUGCAGUCCCCUGCUCUUCUCCCCACGUGUCCCCGAAGUGCCUUCCCUUGGGCCUGGGCCUUCCCCCCACCACCCCCCCAGGGCCAGGUUCGAUGCUGCUGGCGGCAGGGGUCAGGUCCGUGGUGGGGCCCUGUGCGUGUUUGCCAUUGGUCCGCUCUGCUCGGACUGGCACCCAUGCCCUACUGCUCACUUUCCCCACGAUCCCUGGUCGGACUUGAGUUACAGGAAGUCCAGUCAGCUCCUCAUGUGACAGACGGGGAAACAGGCAUGGGACAUGGCUGCAGCAACAGAGCCCCCUCUCUUUCCCCCCUCCCAUGAGACCCCCACCACCCCAGCCAGGCCCCCCCCACCCCCCAGCCAGCAUCCCAGCCAGGCUCCUGUGCACUUUCCUCUAAAUCGAUGGAGUUGGACCUUUCACGGCUGCAGCCCAUCCGGUGAAGAGCACGGCUCUGACCCGUACCCUGCCCUGUCCCUGCCUGACCUCCCCGGAGCUCUGGACCCACUUCUGCCGCUUGUACCAUUCCUGCCAUUCAUUCCACGGGAGGGUUGGUGGCCAGACGGGCAGUGGCCCAGAAAGGGCACUUGCUUGGGUCCAGGGACCGCAGAGAGGUACAAGCUGAAUCCAUUCACCUCUUGAACCUCUGGACGCCUCAGUCGCGCCUAUCACAGCCCGGCCAGCUUCCCUUCCCCCCCCACCCCGAGUCUUCCAGCAACAAGACUGAAAUGCACCAGUGUACCCUGAGCUACCGUCCUAAUGGGGCCCCACUAGGAGUAGACGCUGGUCCCGGAACCCCACCUGUCCGAGGGGCCUCCCGCACUCAGCCAGUCACUCUGCAGAGAAUCAGGAGGGAGGAGACGGGCGUGGGACGUCCCCCACCCCCACCCGGAGUCAUCUCACGUCCAGGUCCUGCUCCUGCCUCCCUUUUCUAAGAGCUCUCCGUGGUCCCCUUGCCUUUUAAGUGCAUUGUCACCUCCUACCCACCCCCACUGCCCCCUGCUGGCAGGGGCUGGAAAUGUGUCAUUUGUAAAAGAAGGGCGGAGAAACCCCUAUGCUUGUUCACUUUUGUACCGGAAUGUCCUGGGAUGUGUCGGGUGGGGAGGGGGGUAUGGGUGGAAGCCAACUGUGUGGGGCUGGUUCCGACGCCCACAGCACAGCGAGACUGUCCUCGCCUGCCAGCCCAGCCUGGCACCACCAGUCCUUGGUUCAAUAAACUUAAAAGAAUCCC